GCCCCGAAAUGGCGGCGGCGGCCCUGACCCGUGAGGGUGGGGAGGAUGCGUUCCGCCGGCUCUUUCGCUUCUAUCGGCAGCGCGACGCGUCCGACCUGCGGGGCGUGGUGGACUUCUCUGCGCCGGGGGGUCAGGUGUUCAGAUCACAGCUCAGUAUUUCUUCAGUCAGUGAUCAAGAUGCCUACAGAGCAGGAUUACAGCCAGUUAGCCAGUGGAAAGCCUAUGGCCUCAGUGGGUAUCCAGGGUUUAUUUUCAUACCAAACCCUUUCCUUCCUGGCUGCCAGCGUCACUGGGUGAAGCAGUGUCUCAAGCUAUACCCUGAGAAACCCAAUGUCUGCAACCUGGACCUGCACAUGGCUCCUGAGAAGACCACUGACCUGUGGGGACAGAGCAAGGAGCAGCUGAGAAGGAGAGGUUCCAGUAAAUGGGAGCCCAGGAGCCUCUUGGAGAAGCUGCGCUGGGUGACCCUUGGUUACCAUUAUAACUGGGAUACUAAGAAGUACUCAGCAAAUCACCACACUCCUUUCCCCUCAGACCUUGCAUUCCUAUCAGAACAAGUGGCUGCAGCCUGUGGGUUUCGGGGUUUCCAGGCCCAGGCAGGGAUCUUGAACUACUAUCAUUUUGACUCUUCACUCGGGAUUCAUGUGGAUGAGUCUGAACUAGACCAUUCUCGGCCCCUGUUAUCAUUCAGCUUUGGGCAAUCCUCGAUAUUUUUGCUUGGGGGCCUGAAGCGGGAGGAGGCGCCAACAGCGAUGUUCAUGCACAGCGGAGAUAUCAUGGUGAUGUCUGGCUUCAGCCGCCUGCUGUACCACGCUGUCCCCCGGGUCCUCCCCAACCCUGAGGGGACAGCUCUGCCUUCCUGCCUCGACCAAGCUCUUUGUUCAGACCUUCCUGUUGGCUCUGUCAUUGAGCACAGCUCUGAUGAGGACUGGCAGGUGUGUGCCAAGUACCUGCAGUCCUCCCGCAUCAACAUGACUAUUCGACAGGUGUUGGCUGAGGGCCAGAAAUUUCCAGAGGAAUCUGGGACAAAUGGAAAGGGCCCAGCACCCUCUGAAGACAGUUAUCAUGAGAACAGCAAAGCCAAAAGACACAAACCAAACAGAGUCAGCUGAGACCAGGCCAUCAUACUAACAUGGACCAGACAGGCAACCUCCAUAUGGAAUUAGGAACUGACAUAAUACUGGAAGUCACUUGUCUGUAUUGUGGUUAAUAAACUUGUGCAGGAUAAAUGUAGUUCUUCUUGCUGUAAUAAAUAGGUAGGAGGAGAAAAAGAAUGUAAAAGGAAAAGAAGGAUAAGUUCAGGACUGGGACUCAAAAGAUUAACUUUAUUGGCAUUUUGUUGCAAAUGUUUACUGUAAAAUACCUGUAUGUCAGAGAACUUUAAGCUUGGUUAAGCUUAAAUGGUUUGAGCUUUUGAUGAAGCUUGGUUUAAGCUUUAGGCAUGAUGCUUAUAAAGUAUUUUGAAAUCAUUGGGCCGAGAGUGUUAGCAGAAGAUACAUAAUUGCUAUGUGGUAGAGAAUCCUGUUGGCUUGUAAAGCUCAGCUGAAGCAAAGUAACAAGUAUGUAUGAGAAUAGGCUGCUAUGGGUGUAAGACCUACCUGCAGCAUUUUCAAGAUAAUUACUUCUACAGCAAAAAUGGGUUCAGUGGUCAGAAACUGGCAGCUCCCUCAAGCAACACCUGCUGUAAGCAUUCUGUAGUCCUGUGCUCUCCUUUUGCCUGCUUGCAUCCCCUCAACUACAGCAGAAUCUGCUUUUAUGAAUGGUACUGAACAACUUAUCUCAGAUUUUAGAGAGAAACAGUUGGGAGCAAGAUCUACUUAGAAUAUCUAGUAGCUCCCAACUGGGUCUCCUCCCAGCAGUGAGUAUGUGACUGAGCCCAACAUCGCCAUUCUUUCAAAACUGCCCUCUCCUAAGUGCCUGUGUGUUACAGUUCUCCAGUCCCAAGCUAGCAUCUGUAAGGAACAGGAUGACUUGCAAAUAAAAGCAAUGAAGCUGUAAAUUAAGUACCUAAAAAAUUAAUCAGUGACUAUCUCUGUCACUCAAAGAUAAAUAUAUUGAAACAAAGAAAAGCACUAGCUGUUGUGCUAGUUCUUUUUAAGAUUCAGACCAUCCUAUCUACUUUUUAAUGCAAUUUUAAUUGUUGGAGUGGAAUGCACUAUCCCUGGGGUAUUUUGUUGCACUUUCCCAAUGAAUAAACUUACGUGGUUUUAAAUUAAAGAUCUCUAUCAGUUUUGGGCUGGCUAUUUUCUCCUUUUCUUUUUCUCCCUGUCGGUUGUUUCAGUGUAUUGUUAAUGCUGCUGUAUCUCUUGUGCAGUUCCCUCCAGGCUUCUUUUGCAUCUACUCCCUCUGCAAUCUGCCAGCUCCUGUGGAGGAGCCCUCCAUAUGUCUGCAGGGCUGCUUUGCUUAUGGGCAGUUCAGGGUUUGUUGGGCAGUUGCAGAGUGGUGUUGCCUGCAGUAUCAAAGUUCAAUAUAAUACAUAUGUGACAGCUUUUCCUCAUGGAUAAAGUGUCUGGUUUGCUUAUUUCAUAGGAGAUGAAUGUGUGUGUUUGCAUGCAAUUAAUUCCUUAUACAAUACUGCAAGGAGUUCCAGUAACUUAAGGUCUAAAAUAAUCAGAUAAGAGUUUUAAUAUCUUAUUCUAUGCUAGAUGUGUGUCCUUUCUGUAGUCUGGGCCUGGUCUAUUUACAGCUGAGCCCUAGAAGAGUGAAUAUGUUAUGCAGAGAGGUUACAACAUGACCAGAAAGGAAAGUUGAAUGAGUCAAGCUCAGAAAACAGCAAAGUUCCCUUAGUGGCACCUGAAGAUAGAGAUGGAUGGAGAAAAAUAUCUGUUUUCUUAAUUGAAAAGGUAGACUGACUGUUCUGUACUCUGGAGAAGGAAGCAAAGGUUGUCCAACUCACUCAUCUCUGAUGGUAAUACAAGACAGAGUCAUGAAACUAGAAGGUGGUGAACAGGAUCUGGUUUCUUCAUGUCACAGGCUGAAUUGUAAGUCCAUAUUUUUCAUGUCUUUUGUUCCCUAUAAAUAUAUGACAAGCAAUCAUUUA